AUGGUAUAAUACUAAACUGCUGAAAAUAUAAAAUAAUGGAUUAUAAUUUAAAAAAUUGAUGUUGAUAAUUAGGAUAUAGAUUAUGUUUAAUUAGAAAUAAUUUAUUCACAUGCUAAUAAAGAGGUAAAAGUUUUAUGCAUAUUUAUGAAUAAAGUAUUAAAACUAAGUUUUAAUAAACUAAAAAUUCAAGUGUUAAAAGAGGAACAUAAUGUGAGUGUUUGCUUACAUAAUAAUAUAUAACACCAAGAACUUUAACAUGAUGAAUUGCGAACAAAUUAGAAAGAAGAAUUGAUAGCUAAAUGAGUAUCUAUACAUGUUAAACAAUGUGUUGAUGUUCCUGAACAUGUAUCACAUGGUUAAGUACAAUAGUUAUAGUUGAAAGGGCACUUCCAUAUAAACCAUCAUCACAUACACAUUAAUUAUUGAAUAGUUUUCUAUUUAAUCCUGAAACACAUGAUGUACAAAAUGUAACUGAUAAAGU